AUGGCUCUCCUGCGCCCUCUGCUGACCGCCCUGGCGCUGCUCACCUGCCGCCCUGGAGGCUCUCUGGGCUGUGCCCUGCCUGGGAGCCACGCGCAGGUUAGCAGGGACAACUUGGUGCUCCUGGGCCAGAUGCGGAGACUGUCCCCUUUCUUGUGCCUGCGGGCCAGAAAAGACUUCCGCUUCCCCCGGGAGAUGCUGGAGGGCGGCCAGCUCCGGGAGGCCCAGGCCGCCGCCGCCGUCCUGCGGGAGCUGCUCCAGCAGACCUUCAACCUGUUGCACACGGAGCGCUCCUCGGCGGCCUGGAGCCCCGCGCCGCUGCACGGACUCCGCUCUGGCCUCCACCGGCAGCUGGAAGCCCUGGACGCCUGCUUGGUGAAUCCUCAGGAAAGGGUAGGAGUGGGGGAAGGAAGAAAAGCCAAGUUUGAUCCCAAGUUUGAUCUUGGCCCUGGAUCAUGGCCAGCAGGGCGCGAACUUCCCUGUGAGGGUUUUGUUCUCCCACUCAGUGUACUGGGUUCCCCUGUUUCCCUUCAUGUUCAGCACUUAGCUCAUCAUCGCCAUGGGGGCAUUCACUCGGGUCCCCCAGCUAUUCAUCAGGACACAGAAACAAGCCAGCCUACAUGGUUUUGA